CCACACAAAAACCCCCCCCCCGCCCCCCACCCCACCCCCCCCACCCCUGGAUGUCUGUGUAUGGUGGCCGGUGUUGGGAGGGCUGGGCCGCGGUCUGGGCCUGUCUGUGGCUGUCUGUGUGCUGUCUGUGGCUGUCUGUGGGUGUCUUCAUGUUUUACUAUUACCCGUUUACAGCUACUAAAUGGAUUAGUAACAGACAGUGUAUCUUAGACACAAGUUUUAAAAAUUAUUACAAUAUAUUAUUACUAUGCUAUAUAUGCUAUAUGUUAUAAUCCAACAGUUCAGGAAGUUUUCACAUUUUUGCUUCGUAGAAGCAACGCUGACAAGCUUUCCUUCAAUAAUUAACUGAAAAACAUUCGCGAACGCUCUAUUUUGUAAUUGAUAGUAGUUUGCAACUAGAUACAGCAUUCAAUCUUUUAUGUCUUUGACUAAUAGUAACAGUCACUACUAUCCAUAUAGCCGUUAUGAAUAAUCGAUUGUUAUAACUAAUAUUCAUUCAUAUCUUUUUAUUUAUUUUUAUGUUUUUCACAGUCUUCCAACAUUCGUUUCAUCGAUUAUCGAAAAAUUAUCACUAGACAAUAGUUCGUCAUCAUUAUUAUCGACAAAUGAUACAGAUAAAGAGAAACUACAUAAUUGUAUUCAGGAAAUAUCUCGCCUUCGUACACAAUCAUCCGAUAAUAAUAUGAGUGAUGAACAGCGAAACUGUCAUGAUUUACAUAAUGAAUUAGAAAUACGUUUGAAAGCUCAUAUUGACAGUUGUUUUUUACAAUUACAAAAACAUAUUGAUCACCGUUUAGAUCAUAUAUUAGAAGAAGUUCCAGAUGAUAAACAUCCAUCAAUACUAGAUUCACCAAUCUUAGACUAUAAUCCAGAAAAAUUUCAUACCAAUUCAUUAUCCAAUGAUGAACAACAAGAAGAUCAGCUCAUAGAUAUUAAACAAUUAAUAACAAGAAAUAGUGUGGAUCAUCUUAAAACAGAUAGUAUACAGCAUAUAUUAAAAAAUAUUGGCGUUGGUUAUGUUCAACGUAUACGUGAUAAUCAAUGUUUAAUUGAAUACGAUAAUAAUCUAUUAUCGGAAGGUAAAAGUAUAAAAAUAAAAGGAAAACUAUACAAAGUUGAAGAUUGUUUAUUGGAGCGUGCUUACAAAGCCUGUGGUACUAAUAUUUUAAAAAUGUUGAAUAUUGUCUGUCAAAUGCUUGAUAAAUACAUGGUAAAAUCAAAAGAAUCCGUUAUUAGACGUCGUUCAGUUUCAUCGAUUAAAUCAGUUACACAAUCCUGUUGUCAUAGUGUUUGUACAAUUUCAGAACUGAUACGAUAUUGUCCACAAUAA